CAUGCCGCGCGCUGUUUCUCCCGGAAGAUGCAACGAGAUUCGCGACCUGUAAAUCUGUGCGGUUUCGUGGGUUUCAGUAUAUGGUCGUUGGGUUUCAGUGCAUUCGCACGAGAGGUCGUCCUUCGCUUCGGUGUAACCAUAGACCACGUCUGAUUUUCAAACGGUACGAACGUGCCGCGUUUCUGCUGUUAGCAACUCAUUGCACAUAUCGUACAUAUACUAUUUAAUUCUCAAAUAAAUUUAAAUUUCUACUCUCGAUGUAGAAAACAAAUUGUGAUAUUAUGCAGAUUUCUUAUACCGUAAAUGUACCGGUUCUUGAUCAUGUGCAUCAUAACUUUUCCAGCUUUCAUACUUUUCGUUCUGGCAGAAGGUGCAGGAGUCCCAGGGCUCAGGCACUCGGCGGUGAGACUGCUCAGCGCUCAGCAGUACCAGCAGGAGCACCACCUGCCCGUCAUCGGGCGCAGCGCUCAGCCGGGCCUCAGCUGGCGAGGCACUGUCCGCCCUCCCUUCAGCUGGGACUACCCGCCAGCAGAAACCAGAAAUCCUGAGGAAAUCAGUCUCUCUUCAAUACCCGUGAAAGAAUCCUCCUACUUCGCGAACCGCCAAGGAAAUGACCAGCCAGAAAACCUAGUCCUGUUUCGCCACAAAGAUUUAAACAUCAACAACCCUCAACCACUCCAGUAUAAAUCUAACACCAGUGAAGCUCGAGGAAGUGAGGUUAUCCGAAGAAAAUCCAAAAAGAAGAAAGUUAAGAAGCCCAAGAUCAAGAACUGGCGAAAUGGAAUCAAACUUGCCAGCAACUGUACUGAAACAGCAAAAGACCAAGCACACACUAAGCUAUGCGAAGCUCAAAGGCGGCAGAUCAAUAAACAGAGGUCCCAGAGACGAAAAAAGAAAAGACACAUGAAAGAAAGGAGAAAAGAAAGACAAAGGAAAAAGCAGAAAGAGAAGGAAAAAUCUGAAAAGUUACCAGACAUGAAAUUACCUAGUGAGAAUAUUAGUGAGAAAUCCUUUAGUUCAGAGCCUUCUGACAACAGAUUUGUUUUGAAUAGCACGUCUAACGGCUCGGGGGGAAUCGCCGAGAAAACCCCUGGAAAUGAACCAUCGAAAAAUAAUUCGAUGUUGGAAAGAAGCAUCGAAAAGUCAUCCACGGUCUCUGGAGCGACAAUGGGCAACGAAUUACUCGAUCCCUCUGCACCGAGAGACGCAGUGAUGAACUUUAACGUCAGCACCUCGGACAGGCAGCACCACGAAACGACCAGCGACCAGAAGAACACUACCUUCGAGGACGCGGGCAGUGACCCGAAAAGGACACUCGGCAUCGUCCCCCGCUGGAGCAGUGCUUCGACAACAGACAGCCCUGAGAUUGGUCCCAGAGCGGACGCUGGUAGGCCCGAAGCCGGAGGUCUCAGCUCGACCGAACCAACCACAGACGGGAGGGGUCUCGCCUCCGGGGUUCCGACGACUUCCUCGCCGCUUGCCGCGGGCGGGAGCAACACGUCGGGCGAUGCCUUCUCCCGGCACAACAGGGUCGACGUCAGCGGACCGCUCCUGGGGUCCGAGAAGGGAGACUUGUCCUGCAUCACCGGCCGGUUCCUGCCGGCGCCCGCCGUCAACCACGCCGACGUCAAGUACAUCAGGAGCGGGGAAGGCGCCGACGGAACGCUCGUGGCGCGCUACGAGUGCAGGCCGGGGUAUCGCCUGGAGCACGCUGCCGCCUACAGGCUGUGGUGCUCGCUGCGCGCCUGGCUCGGGGAAGCACCGCGGUGCGUGCCCUCGGACGAGGAGCUGGACGUGCUGGACGCCAGCAUGCACUGCGCCGAGUGCGACCACGUGUGCCAGCGGCCGGGGCAGUCGGUCCUGUGCUCCUGCUACAGGGGCUUCCAGGCGCAGAACACCACCUGUCACGAUAUAAACGAAUGCAGCGUAGAGAAUGGUGGUUGUGAACACGAAUGUGUCAACACCGCAGGUUCCUUCUUCUGCAAGUGUCCACAAGGAUUCAGAGUUAAUAUUGAUGGAAAAACCUGUCGAGACAUCAACGAGUGCCUGCUGAGGAACGGGCACGGGCCGUGCCAGGACACGUGCUCCAACCUGCACGGUGGCUACUCGUGCAGCUGCGACGGCAUCCCGGGCACGCGGCUGUCGUCGGACAACCACACCUGCGAGGACGUGGACGAGUGCGCCGCCGGCACAGCGGGCUGCUCCCACACCUGUCUCAACACCCUGGGCCGGGUGUUCUGCCUGUGUCCUGCCGGCUACGAGCUGGGCUCCGACUGGAAGACCUGCCAAGAUGUGGACGAGUGCCGGGACCCGCAGCUGCAGGAAGGAGAGGUGUGUGGCGCGGAGUGCGUCAACACGGUGGGCUCCUACCACUGCCGCAGCCCGGGGGACCAGCCGGUCCAAGAGUGCAGCGGUCCGGGGAACUGCGGCUCGGACGUCUCAGGAGCGCUGCUGACGCCCGCCACGUGUCCCCCGGGGCUGGCUCCCGGCGCGGACCUGCUCUGCAAGGACGUGGACGAGUGCAGCGAGGCGAACGGCGGCUGCUCGCACCGCUGCGUCAACACCCGCGGCGGCUUCCACUGCCGCUGCAAGGCGGGCUUCGCGCUCGACGCGGACGGCCGCUCCUGCAUCGAGGCGGCGGCGGCGGAGGUCUGCCCGCCACUGGACACGCCCCCGCACGGCUACCUGCAGUGCGAGAGGCAGCCAAUCAGGGCCCGGCGCCGCGUCAGGGUGGUCAACCACGCGGGCACCGUGUGUCGCCUGCACUGCCCGCUGGGCUCCCGUCUGCGCGGCUCCUACCGCCGCACCUGCAGCACUGCCGGCGUCUGGACGGGCCCGCAGGACGGCGUCUGCCUGCAAAGUCAUUACACGGAGAACAACGACCUGUCACCGUGGCUGCCUCUAAAGCGAAGUGUAAGUGGCUGGCAGGUUUACCAAUACCCCCGGCACUAUGGCAACUACAUCAGGGUGACAUUUGGGUUCAUGGUGCCCGCCAUCAAGUGCCCCGAGAACAUAACCGCGCAGCUGCCGCCCGGCCGGAGGACGGUGCACGUGGUGUUCGAGCGACCAAUCACGAGCGUCGACUGGUUCAGACACGUGAUCGCGGAGCCCAUGUGGGGCAAGCGGCUGGAAGGCGACCUGCCCGCGGGGUCGUGGGUCGUGACCUUCACCGCCAGACACCCCGUGUCGCACCUCGCCGCCUCCUGCGCCCUGGGCGUGACGGUGUCCGGGUGGCGUCGCCGCUCCGAGGACCCCGCCCCGCGCCGCUAGGGACCCCCCUCCUCGUCCUGGGUCCGAGCGAGCCCCGCCGAAGGUCUGGACGGCCAGCAGGUUGUGGCGGGAGCGCCUCAGGAAGCACCCCGAGGGAACCACCACCUGCGGAGCCACACGCAACCACACGCAACCACACGCAACCACACGCAACCACACUCGUCACCUCUGUCCCACUGCAGGCGGCAGUACCCCCGCUCUUCACACGAGUCGCGCAGUGUUCAGUGCCAUUGCACUGUGGGACUGUUUGCCAUGGGUAACAAUACAUAAAUGCAAAAUACGAAAUACAAAUUAAAACAUAAACCCAUAGAAAAAAAUAUGCCUAAAUCAGCUUAUCUCAAACAGAUGAAUCCAACGAUGAACCUGAACAAGUAUUAUGAACAGUACAACUACGGUAGCACAGACGAACACAAUCAAACUUGUGCUGUCUGAUAUCGAAGUUCGAAGUUGUUCGUCUGUGCUGUCUUUGUUGUGUUGUCCGUAACACCUGUUUUAGUUUCACCGUUGGAUUCAUCUGUUUGACUUCAGCUGAUUCAGCAUUUAUGGAUUUUUUUCCAAUGACAAACAGUGCCAAACUACAACUGCGCGCGUAUGUCCUAGAAAUUUUUGUUAAAUCAAGAAUAUCUACGAUUAUAAGGAGGAAUUAUUCCCGUCAUGCUUGAAACACGAUCAUUUUACGGAUUUAUAUCGCUCGAGGCUAGACUCAACUCGCCUGCAUACAAUUUAAGAACGCUCAUUGGUCGAAAACAAUGUCACACAUCCUUUGGCGAGUGACACGUGAUUGCGUCACGGUUUCGUCUGAUUUUUUUUUUUUUUUUGCUGGUCUAUAAUGGUCAAGGGAAGCAUAUACAUACGCACUUAAAGCUUACUUUGCUAAACAAUGAAUCCAAGAAAUAAUCGUGUCUCACGCAGUGGUUGAUAUUGUCAAUCAUUCAUCCAAAUCAUUCGUAUGACAUGGCAUGGCUCAGCACUACUGAUAAACAGCCUCCAUCAUGGAAACUAUGAGGAGGUUACCUCGCGUAGGCGACUGCAGAUUGCACUACGCCUACAUAUUUGACUCCCCAAAGGCUCUCUCGCCGUCAGCAAACUUCUGUGACAGAAGCUGGCCGAUUCAGUUGGUACCGACCUCAGAAAAUGGCGCCAACCAGGCAUAACACCCGACAACAGAGCGUCGUGUAGUCAAUCAGAGACUGGGCAUGCGUUCCGUAGUAAAUGAUUACACUUAAAAAUAAAUUAUUGCCAAACGAACAAAUUUAAUUCAAUGCUUUUGUGUAAGCUCAUCGUUCUGAAUCUCAGUGUUAGAAGCUGGAGUACUGCCACUGAAGUUGCUGUUUAUACAUGUAACACAAACCUUAUAAGUAAUUGAAAGACAUUCGUGGAAAUAAACGCAGUGAAACUACUUACUGGGAA